GAGAGGAUCGAACCUCCACUCCAAAGAAGCACAUGUCGGCUAAUUAAGGUAUUUACUACUCUGUAUGUUGUGUUGGCCGGAAUAAACCCAGAUUCCCCAAUCGAUAAAGUAACGAUUCUAAAGCGAGGAGGUUGUUGUUCGUCGAUCCACUCCAAGAUAAUAAUGGAGCAAGUGAAGAAAUGUAGGCGACUGAUGCAGCCUUGCACACAACAACAUCUCUUACAGGAUGUUCCCCAGGAGUUGAUCCAAUAUAUUUAAUCGUUGUUGCCCGUAGAAGAUGCCGCUCGCACCAGUGUCUUGUCAAAGUCUUGGCUACACGCUUGGUCUACCAUCCCUACCCUCAGGUUUUGUCAAUCUGUACAGUAUUUAACUGAGCAACAGAAAGCAAAUUACAUCAAGUUGAUUGACGGCACUCUGACAAGAUAUCUUUGCGAUAACAUACCUAUCACAACUUUUUAUCUUGACUUCGGAAUCGAGAACAAGGAGUCAAGUUGUCUUGCUGAAAAUUGGAUUCGACCAGUAGCUUCCAAAAGUUGUCUCAAGGAACUUUAUUUGACAAUUUGGUUUGGGAUUUCUUUUCCGUUUACCAUGCCGGAUGAGAUAUUCAGUGGUGAAAGCCUAGAUAAGUUAAGUGUAAGAGAUCAGGGCUUCAGUAGCUACUCCAUUUUUAUUGGUAGCAACCCGAUGAUCAACUGUGUGAAUCUACGAGUACUCGAGUUGAUCAAUGUGCACAUAAGCCAAGAGUUGCUUGAUAACCUAUUCUCUACCUGUAACUUGCUUAGAAAGGUAAAGCUUUUACUUCCCGAGGGUGUGAUGAUGACAGCCAAGGUACGAAGCCAUCAACAUCUCCGCGUAUUGAAAGUUCUUUCAAAACAACCGGAUCAUAAUUUGGAAAUUUACAAUGUCCCAAGUCUCCGCCAGUUGUCUUAUGACACAAGACUGGGUUAUCGGUGGAAACCUCUGUCAUUCAAGACAGAUGUAUUAUUACACGUGAGGAAAUUGCUUUUAGCUGGUGUGAUCGUGGACAAUGCAUUUCUUGACAUAUCAAUUCAAAAUUUCCUUGUCUUGAGAGCUUGACCCUUGUAAGUAAUUUCUGUGAGAUGGAAACCUUGGAUAUCAGAGGUGUUUUCUUGACGAGAUUGUGCAUACGAGUGUGGGUAAUCGAUGAACUUGUAAGCAUACAAGUCUAUGCUCCAAAAUUACAAUAUUUCCAUUACACUGGCCCCGUAUUGGAUAGCCUAUUUUUUCCAGCCAUUGCUCCCGAGCAAAUUCAUCUCAGACUGGAGUUGGAAAAACCCAUUGAUUCUUCGUUCUUUCUCAAGCUUAGGGAAGUACUCAACUUUCAAACCAAUUUUAAAAUUAAAGUAACUUACCGUUCCCCUGAGAAGGUGCUGCCGGUUGACAUUGAUGUUAAUGAUGUGAGGAGAAGGGUUCCAAUUCCGGCUACAACUGUCCAACAAAUAUAUUUUUUGUUUCCAGGUGAAAGCUUUUGGGAGAGUGCUCCAUUAUUUGAUACAUUUUUUUCCAUUUGCCAUCCCAAAUACGUGAAGGCACGUCAGUUACGUAAGUGCACUAUGCCCGGGAAUACAAAGUACUUCUGGAAGAAAAUCGUAACAGGGAUGAUUGAAAGGAAAACCAUAAAGAAGUAUUGGCCAGACUUGGAAGAUAUUGAAAUAAAACAUCCUGUUGCUGGGAAAUGGAAAACACUAACUAGUUCUUGGAUAUGUUUCGCAGAACAGGAUAGAGUUAAGUUCAGAUUAACUUGGUGUUCUCCAUAGAAUAGAAGCUGCCGUGCUCACCUGUGGUUCUUUUUUCUUUUUGAUUUACUGUAAAAGUUUCAACAUUUUAUAAGUUUAUUUGGUUUGCUAUUUUGUAUGAUAACAUAACAAUCAUGUUCUGUGCUCCUAAUGAAUUAAUGCCUUGUCUUA